AUGUCGUGGCAGCUGGUCUGUGUUGAGGAAUUCGUUUUACUUAUUCUCGAAAGUUAUGGAAAAAAAGUAUUAGUGUAUCGGAUAAAUCGUGAGAAAUAUACGGCUGAGAGAAAUCUUUUUUUAAAAAGCGAUGCGACUGAUCCAUUUUCGAUAUUAGUCGUUAAUCUGCCGUCACAUUUUACGAAGGAAUCCUUACAAACUGUUUUCGAAAAGAUUUUGUGUUGUCGAGUGAAGAAUAUUGCUAUCCGCUCUAUCGCUCCAAAUAAAUCCGUUACUGAGGGCUAUCAUGCCAUGUCAGUUACAUUACAAACUGAAUAUGAUGUCAUGGAUGUUCUACGCCGAUGUCAAUCAAUUUCACCAUUUUAUUUAUCCGAUUAUGGAAUUCGGCCAUCAAACUGUGGCUUAUCUAAAUGGUGUGAAGAUUAUCGAAAUGAAUAUAUUCCUACUGAAGAGUUGCAGCGAAGAGAAAAGAAGUGGGCAAAAAAGAUGAAGAAUGUACCUGAUGCUGAUGGCUGGAUUACUGUCAUGCGAUCACAUCAUAAAACGGUUCCGAAUGCUAUAAUUGCCAAAAAUAAAGAAGAUAUAUCUCGAUUAAGCAAAAAGAAAAAAAGCAUCGUUGGCACGGAAGAAUUAAGAAAAAAAUUCGAAAUGGACAAGAAGAAAUUGGCAUUGGCCAAAGCAGCUCGAAAAUUCCGGCCGGAUUAA